UAACAAAUAUUUGUAAAUAUCGUUUAACCUACAGUAUUGUUUAUCAUUGGACUUGACAGAAAGGGAACAUGUCGGGUAUCUAUGAUACUAUUGUUGUUGGUGCAGGGAUAGAGGGAUCGUCUACUGCCUACUAUCUAGCCAAGCAGGGACAGAAAACUCUCCUUUUGGAGCAGUUUCCUUUGCCUCAUAGCCGGGGUAGUUCUCAUGGACAGAGUAGGAUCACCAGAAAAGCCUAUGGCCCAAAGGAACAUUACGCCGUCAUGAUGAAUGAAGCCUUUCAUCUUUGGGAGCAGUUGGAAAGAGAGAGUAAAACAGAAAUAUUUAUAAACACAGGAAUGCUAUGUGUAGGUGAGCCAGGAAACGAAUUUUUCGAUGGUACAAUCAAAGCUAUGAGAAAACAUAAUAUUCCAAUGGAUAUUUUUGGUUCUGAUGAAGCAAAGAUCAAGUAUCCCAUGAUUUCCUACCCGAAAGAUUUCACAUACAUUUUAGAUCACAGUGGUGGAAUAUUACGGGCUGAUAAGGCUCUCAAAGCCUUUCAGGAUCAAUUCGAGAAGUUCGGUGGAGAUUUACAUGAUGGAGAGGCAAUGGUCAAUGUCAUCCCUGGAAAAGUUAUAACCGUCAAUACUUCAAAAUCAUCAUACAAGUGCAACAAUCUUGUGUUGACCGUUGGUCCAUGGGCUAAAACGAUUCUGCCGGCUCUCGGUGUCCAUAUACCAUUAAGGCCUUUGAGAAUAACAGUUUGUUACUGGAAAGAGAAGAUUCCUGGGCAAUAUGCUGCGAACAGAUUCCCUGCCUUUGUACAACAUCCGGCAGUAGAUAACUAUAGCGUGUAUGGCUUACCAAGUGAGGAAUAUCCUGGACAUGUUAAGAUUUGUUUACAUUUUGGUCCAGACAUAGACCCUGACAACAGAGAUACUGUAGAUGAUAAAUGGGUGUUGGAUAAACUGAAAAGUUAUGUCUCAAAACAUUUUCCCAAUCUAGUUCCAGAACCAAGUAUUCUUGAAACAUGCAUAUACAGUUGGUUACCAGAUGAAGAAUUUGUAUUGGAUAAACACCCAGCUUGGAAAAAUAUAAUUAUUGGUGCUGGAUUCUCAGGUCAUGGAUUCAAACUAUCACCAGUGGUUGGAAAAGUUCUUGGAGAGAUGGCCAUGGGAAAAGAGCCUUCUUAUGAUUUGUCACCAUGUCGAAUUGAUAGAUUCUUUUCAAGAUCAAAGAUAUAAUUUUUUGCCCACUUGUGUACCUUUACUUAAAAUAAUCAGUAUUGCACUUGUUAAAAAUAAUCAGUAUUGAACUUGUUAUAAAUCCUAUACCAAGAAAAAUAUGUUAUGAAACAACUCACAUACAAUUGUGUAUUACUCUAUGUUGGUUGACAUACUACAGCAAUUAAGGGGGUUCGCGGGUCUAAAUCAUUUUUUUUUUAAUAUAGGAUUUCGCUGUAUCUUCUAUAAAUGAACUUAAUCUUAUACUUAAUAGGAAAAUGAAAUAAAAGAAUGGGAUCACCGUUCAUAUACGCUCACCAUUUGCCUUUGAAAGAAACAUACAUUUUUGUUAAUGUCCUUUUUUCUGAUGAACUUAUAGGAGAAUAGCGGUAAUAUCGAAAUAAAAA